UUGUGUAUUUGGUGCUUGGAACUGACUUUAAAGAACACUCAGACACGGGAGUAAAACUAACAAGCUUCUUUAUUUCAGGACGCCACCUUGAGUCUCUCCUGUGCAUGUGUCCCAUUGUGCAAGACAUCAAAUAUGUUAAUUACAUACACCACAAAGAGUAAAGAGGUUCUGCAGUUGUAUAGGGCUCUGGUGAGACCACAUCUGGAGUAUUGUGUACAGUUUUGGUCUCCUAAUUUGAGGAAGUACAUCCUUGUGAUUGAGGCAAUGCAGCGUAGGUCCUCGAGAUUGAUCCCUGGGAUGGCGGGACUGUCAUGUGAGGAAAGAUUGAAAAGACUAGGCUGGAGUUUAGAAGGAAAUCUUAUAGAAACAUAAAAUUAUAAAGGACUGGACGAGCUAGAUGCAGGAAAAAUGGUCCCAAUGUUGGGCGAGUCCAGAACCAGGGGCCACAGUAUUAGAAUAAAGGGGAGGCCAUUUAAGACUGAGGUGAGAAAAAACUUUUUCAUCCAGAGAGUUGUGAAUUUGUGGAAUUCCCUGCCACAGCGGGCAGUGGAGGCCAAAUCACUGGAUGGAUUUAAGAGAGAGUUAGAUAGAACUCUAGGGGCUAGUGGAAUCAAGGGAUCUGGGGAGAAGGCAGGCACGGGUUAUUGAUUUGGGGACGAUUAGCCAUGAUCACAAUGAAUGGCGGUGCUGGCUCGAAGGGCCGAAUGGCCUCCUCCUGCACCUAUUUUCUAUGUUUCUACCGGUAGUGAUAAAGACACAAAGUGCUCAGCGGGUCAGGUAGCAAAAUCAUGUGAUGUUGACUCUAUGGAUUAAUGUUGUUUGUUCCAUUGACCCCAUUACGAAUGAAAGCUUUUCUGUACUGCAAUGCUUCUAAUGGUUUUCUGCUCCUACAAGAUAGGCCUGCCUUUCUUGUGAUUUGAAUUGGAUCCUAUUUUGAUUUUUUGACUAACCAGCUUCAAGCAUAAGUGUCUGAAUAAAGACAUUUUCCAAAAAUUCAGAUACACUGACACAUAUUACACGUAUCAUGUAGAGACACAUACACACACGAAGAAUAAUUCCUUAAAUAAUUUACCACAUAAUGUAAAAACUAAGUUUGCACCGAAAUAAGAUGUCGUCUUGUAUUUCAUGUGAUUACAAGUUCUAUCAUGAUCUGUCACAUCAGUUGAAGUGUGUAGGAAAUAACUGCAGAUGCUGGUUUAAAUCGAAGGUCUGAAGAAGGGUCUUGACCGGAAACAUCACCCAUUCCUUCUCUCCAGAGAUGCUGCCUAACCCCGAGUUACUCCAGCAUUUUGCGUCUACAUCAGUUGAAGUACCUGAUUCAUUUUGUCUGAACUUUUUAAGCAAAAUGCUUAGGAUUAAUAAAAUAAAAAGUUAGCACCUGUGACAAACUUGAAAAGUUUGUCCUUACAUUGUCCAAGGCAAUUGUAAAUUCACUACAAAAUGGUUUCCACGUUUUGUGUUAUUUUAUUAUUUUCAUGUGACCCACUGUGUAUACCAUUCAACCAGCUUUUGAAAAGAACAUCAGUCUGAUGUAUAAUAUAAUCACUUGUGGGUUUUUGGCUGAAACAGCAGAAAGGAAUUAGUCAUUGAUGUUGGCAGCCACUGUGCUGUGAUUAGCAAUUCAAUCUCUGAAAUCUGCUUGCAGAGGCACAGUGCAAGGGUUUUCGUUGCGUUAGUCACAGUGGCUCAGUACAGAUGCCUGUGCAGCUAGUACACAUUAUCUUCGUGAAGAAUUUCACUUUAGAAACACUGGCAAGCAGGAUACCUUUAAAAGUUUGGUGUAAAUCAAGGGGAUUCAUUGUAAAAUCCGAGGAUAUUUGAAGAGAAGGCAACAGCUAUUCUGCACGUGCAACUCCUGGGCAAACCAAGAAUACGUAUCAUGGCUGCAAAGCAGGAGAACAAAUCGAAGAAAUGGGCCCUUGUGAAAGAGAAGGUCACUAGCCCAGACACAGACAAUACAGAGGCCAACUUGGAAAAUGCUGAGCCCGAACUCUGUAUACGCUGGCUGCAGAUCCCGACUGUUGUGAACUACUCAGGCCUGAAGAAGCGACUAGAAAAUAGCAGCAAUGACUGGAUGGUCCAGUUCCUGGAACUUGAUGGGCUUGAUUUACUACUGGAGGCCCUGGCCAGAUUGUCCGGGAGAGGGGUGGCAAAGAUCACCGAUGCACUCCUGCAGCUCACCUGUGUGAAAUGUGUGCGGGCUGUGAUGAACUCUUUAAAGGGCAUCGACUACAUCAUAAAUAACGAAGGCUACAUUCGGAAACUUUCUCAAGCAUUGGAUACAGCUAACAUCACCGUAAAGAAACAAGUCUUUGAGUUAUUAGCUGCACUGUGUAUUUACUCCCUGGAGGGUCAUGAUCUGGCUUUGGACGCACUGGAAAACUACAAGACUGUGAAAAGGCAACAAUACCGAUUUAGUGUAAUCAUGAAUGAACUCCAGGCUACAGAUAAUGUUCCAUAUAUGACUAUGUUGCUGAGUGUCAUCAACGCUAUCAUUUUGGGAAGUGAGGAACUGAUACCUCGUACUCAUCUGCGGAAUGAAUUCAUAGGUCUCCAUCUGUUGGAUAUACUGCCAUCAUUAAGGGAAAAAGAUGAUGAAGAUUUAUUAGUCCAAUGUUUAACCUUUGAGGACGCUAAAGGAGAUGAUGAUGAAGAGUUAAUGCAACUCUAUGGUGGCAUUGAUAUGAAUAGCCAUCAAGAGGUCUUUUCAACAUUGUUUAACAAAGUGAGUGGUUUGCCUGUCUCCACUCAUCUGCUGUCCAUUCUCCAAGGUCUCCUGCAACUGGACCCAUCAAACAGCAGUGGUCCCCUGAUCUGGGAGGCACUGGAGGUUUUGGUGAAUAGAGCUGUCCUAGCUGCUGAUGAUGCAAAUGAAGAUGAAGGCAUUGGUCCAGUCAUGGAAAGGCUUGUAUUAGUUAAGAAGUUUAAAAAGGAUCAGCUGGUGAAGAAAAAUGCAAGUAAAAGGACAGUUGAUAAAGCCGUACAAACAGAAUUAUCAAUGCCUUUCACAGCAGCAGAGCUAAAACAGAAGUCUGGCUCGUUGAGGCCACUGUCAGCUGGUGAGGUGUUCCCUCUUGCAUCUGCUCCUCUUCCAAUCCCAAAAGUGGCUGAUGCCACAAUGACAUCUCCACCCACUAUUCUGCCCAGUGCCUGUGUACCACCUCCCCCACCUCUCCCCGGGGCUGGUGAAACACCCACUCCUCUCCCCGGAGCUGGUGGAAUUCCCCCUCCACCCCCUCCUCUCCCUGGAGCUACUGGAGUGCCACCGCCUCCCCCUCCUCUCCCUGGGGCUACUGGAGUGCCUCCUCCUCCCCCUCCUCUCCCUGGGGCUACUGCAGUGCCCCCGCCUCCCCCUCCUCCCCCUCCUCCCCCUGGGGCUACUGGAGUGCCUCCUCCUCCCCCACCUCCCCCUCCUCUCCCUGGUUCUAUGGCCCCGCCUCCCCCUCCACCACCACCUCUCCCCGGUGGAAUCCCACCACCACCACCGCCCCCAGGGCUUUUCAACAACGAGGCACCCAUUGUGGCUUCCCAAACUGCUAAUCAACUGCGCUCCUGUGCUCCACAUCGCCGACGUACUCAUCAACCAAAAUUGCAGAUGAAGAAACUGAACUGGCAGAAAAUCCCCUCACGAAAUACCACAGAGACUAAUUCUUUAUGGGCAUCCAUCCACAAAACUGAUGACCCAUCUUUGAAUCCUAAUUAUACCAGUAUUGAACAACUCUUCUGCUUUCCUGUGUCAAACCCAAAAAAGAAUGAGGAGAAAGUUAGAAAAAAGGAACCUAAGGAGAUCACAUUCCUAGACUCGAGGAAAAGCCUUAAUCUGAACAUAUUCUUAAAGCAAUUCAGAUGUUCUAAUGAAGAAGUGGCCGGCAUGAUCAAAAUUGGGGACCGAUCCAAAUUUGAUAUGGAGUCCUUGAAGCAACUCCAGAAACUACUGCCAGAGAAUCAUGAGGUAGAAAAUAUAAAGGCCUAUGAAGGAGAAAAGAAAAAAUUAGCGAGUGCUGAUCAAUUCUAUCUUGUGCUCCUUGGUAUUCCAUGCUACCAGCUCAGGAUUAACUGCAUGUUUCUAUGUGAAGAGGCCACUGUCACCCUGCAAAUGCUCUGUCCGAGAGCAGAAAUAAUUAAAACUGCUUGUCAAGACACACUUUCUGCUCCAAGACUGCCCCUCUUCUGUGAACUGAUUCUUAAAGUUGGAAACUUUCUUAACUAUGGCAGUCACAUGGGCGAUGCCAUGGGUUUCAAAAUAAAUACCCUACUCAGACUUACUGAGACAAAAGCCAACCAGUCACGUAUCACAUUGUUGCAUCACAUUAUAGAGGAAGUUGAAAAGUUCCAUCCAGAUCUUCUGAAUCUUCCAGAUGACUUGGAAAGUAUUUCAAAAGCAGGAGGCCUUAGCGUGGACUCGCUUCAGGCUGAUACAAUUAAUCUUUUGGAACGUCUCAAGAAGACUGGUGAUAUCGUCAAAUCAUCGAUGGACGAUGUAAAAUUGCUGUUUGACAAGCCCAUCCAAGAACAUCUAUCUGCAACAACUGAACUGAAGCAACAUUUGGAAGAGAUUGAGACCGAGAGAAUGAAACUGGCUAAGUUCUUCUGUGAUGACAUUGGAAAAUUUUCACUGGAAGAGCUUUUCCUAACCAUCAAAACCUUCAGAGAUUGUUUCCUGAAUGCAAUGAAGGAAAAUAAGCUUAGAAAAGAACAGAUUGCAAAAAUAGAGAAGCGGAAACAAAAGCUUCAGGAAGAGGAAGCUAAAAGGCAAAAGGGAGAAAAUGGACAAGUUGUUCAUAAGUCACCCAUAAAGCAAGAGGAAGAAUGUAUUAUUGAUGUUCUUCUGUCCGACAUAAGGAAAGGUUUUAAAUUGAAGAAAACGACAAGGAACCAACGUGAAAACCUGUCUGCUCCGAAACAUUCUCUUAAAGAAGCUUCUACUGAAAAAUGCUGGAGAACUAUGUCACUGGGUAAGAACAAAUCACUGCAUGCAUCUUUCUUCAAACUGUAAGCUUUACUUGUUUUAAUAUGUAAUGCAUAAUCCCCAUUCAGAAAGAAUGUGACUUGAUUUGUAUUUUACUGGCAUCUUUAGGUAGAAGCUAAUUCAUAUUGCACAUACCUGCUGUUUUGAACCAGA